AACACAUGCAUCCACCUAUGUUCAGCAUUUGAGGCCUUGCUUCUCAACUUUUUAGGCCUCUAAAAUUCCCUUAGCUCUUUCUGUUUGUUCCAAUCAGCUUUUUCCUUUGUCUGAAAUCCACACAUAAUAAAGAGAUGGCAAACGAGCAAAUGAAGCCUGUUGCAACGCUUCUUUUGGGGCUCAAUUUUUGCAUGUAUGUCAUAGUUUUGGGCAUUGGUGGAUGGGCCAUGAACAAAGCUAUAGAUCAUGGUUUUGAAAUAGGUCCCGGACUGCAACUUCCUGCUCAUUUUUCACCCAUACAAUUUCCAAUGGGAAAUGCUGCCACUGGAUUCUUUGUGACAUUUGCUUUGCUUGCUGGAGUUGUUGGUGUUGGAUCAAUCAUUUCAGGAGUCAAUCAUAUCCGUUCAUGGACUUCAGAGAGCUUGCCAUCUGCAGCUUCAGUUGCUGCCAUUGCGUGGGCUCUUACCCUUCUUGCCAUGGGCUUUGCCUGCAAAGAGAUUGAGCUUAACGUGAGAAAUGCCCGCCUGAAAACAAUGGAGGCUUUUCUGAUUAUCCUCUCAGCUACACAACUUUUCUACAUAGCUGCAAUCCAUGGUGCUGCUGCAUACAGGAGAUAAACUUGAUAGUUGAGUGAUGUGAUGUUGUGAUUAUCUAUUUUUUCUUCCCCUCUUAUCUCUGUGAUUUUAUUUUUUUUCUUUUUGUCCA